UAAAAUUUUCAAUCUCUUAAGCCCAAAUUCAAACUCACUAAAUUCAAUAUUUCAUCGCCAUCAUCAUCUCUCCCUGCACUCGCUCAUUUUCAUCGUAUAUCCGUUGUGGUUGAAUGCUACCAAUCCCUAUCAACCUUAUAUGCAUAUUAAUCAAUGUUUUGAUAUCUCAGUUAUCAUUUACACCUCCAUUUUUUCAAUUAAAAUUUAGUCUCGCAUUGAAUUCAGCCUUUGUGGCAUGCACUGACGUCGUCUUCCACACACGCAACAAACUCCGCAUUGCCGCGAUCUAUGGCGGAUUCCGAUGACUCCGCCGGCGGGAGCGCUUUCACCGCCAAAACUCCAAUUCUCCACCAGAAGCUAUACGUAGUCAUAAUCGUUACCGUCCUGCUGGCGCUGGCGGUUUUCAUUCUGGUUUUCAUCUUCCUCCGCCGCGGGAGCUGCACGCGCCGCCGUACCGGCACAAAACGCGGUGCCGGACUCAUUCCCCUGGUUAAUGAGCCGGAUCAACGCGCAGCAGAUGAAAUUUCGAAUAUUGUCGAGAAGAAGGUGUUCGUCGUGGAGAACGUGGUGAAGGCGGAGCAGAUUGAGUCGGAGAGUAAAAAGGCGAGCUCGGUGAGCUACGAGUCGAGUACGACUCGGAGCGAGUCGUCGUCGGUUAAGUCGGUGUCGACCGACGGUUUGGGGAGCUUUGGGUGGGGGAAGUGUUACAGCUUACGGGAGCUUCAGACGGCAUCGAAUCAGUUCUCUGAUGAGAAUGUAAUCGGAGAAGGAGGAUACGGCGUCGUUUACUGUGGGGUUUUGCACGACGGAUCUGUGGUUGCUAUAAAAAAAUUAUCAAAUAAGAGGGGCCAUGCAGAGGAAGAAUUUAAGGUGGAAGUUGAAGCCAUUGGGAAAGUAAGACACAAGAACCUUGUGGGUUUGAUAGGUUACUGCUCAGAAGGCACUGAAAGGUUGCUUGUUUACGAGUACAUUGAUAAUGGCAAUUUGGAGCAGUGGUUGCAUGGUGAUGUAGGCCCUGUCAGCCCUCUAACUUGGGAGGUCAGGAUGAAAAUUGCAGUAGGAGCAGCCAGAGGACUCGCUUACUUGCACGAAGGAUUGGAACCCAAAGUUGUUCAUCGUGAUGUAAAAUCAAGCAACAUACUUUUGGAUAGGAAAUGGAAUACAAAAGUAUCAGAUUUUGGACUUGCCAAAUUAUUGGAAUCUGAUGCUAGCCAUGUCACCACCCGUGUGAUGGGAACAUUUGGAUAUGUCUGCCCUGACUAUGCAAGUACCGGCAUGCUUAACGAAACGAAUGAUGUCUACAGCUUUGGAGUUCUACUCAUGGAAAUAAUCACUGGCAGGAGCCCGGUAGACUAUUCCAGACCACCUGGAGAGACGAACUUGAUCGACUGGUUCAAAGGGAUGAUAGCAAGUCAUCGUGUCGAAGAGUUAGUAGAUCCGCGGAUCAGUGUUCCUCCUCCCCCAAGAGCUUUAAAGAGAGUAUUACUACUUUGCCUGCGCUGUACAGAUAUUGAUGCCCACAAACGGCCAAAGAUGGGGCAAGUUGUGCACAUGCUCGAGGCAGAUGAAUUCUCUUACCGUGCUGGAACCCGAUUUGCUCGUGAUACAGCUCCUUCACAUCAUCUCCAAGCCACGAGCAGAAAUGAAAUUCCGUCUGCACAAACGAAAGUGGUGAAUGAUGGUGGAGAAAGACCAACGGGGAGCUAGAUGAUCAUAUUAAAGAUGCAUAAAAAGGUAUUCUAGUUUUUCUCCUGCAUUAAUGCACGAUGCAUAAGAGUAUAUGUAUGAAUUCCGAAAUUCAACACUGUUUAGACGUAGAACGAUCCUCUACCAUUUUGUCAUAUGCUUAGCUUAGGCAAGUCAGUAUUUUCAUGGAAGAAAUUUGCAGGUUUUCACUGCCAACACCCAAUCGUGAAGAAAUUUCGACUCUAAACAAGAUAAGUUGAAGAUUUUUUUUUUAAUUUUUCUUCUCCUGCGUCGGCAUUUAAAGGUUAAUGUGAAUAUAUAUAGUGUGAUUUGUGAUCCAUGUAUUUUCUUGAUAAUACUCCCCCUCCCCAUUUAGAGAUAUAUUUAUAAUGUUUUCACAGAUUUUGAACUUGUCUA